AUGCUCACCCACAGAAACAUCGUUGCAAACACGUUGAUGCUGAAGGCAGGAGAAGCUGGCCUGCUCCAGCCAACAGGUGGCCCUACCAACGAGGGUGAUAAGCUUCUUGCCUUUCUACCCUUCUUCCAUAUUUAUGGUUUGACAUGCCUAAUACAUCAGAGCUUGUACUCUGGUUUACAGCUCGUUGUCAUGCCAAAAUUUGAUCUCGAAGACUUUUGCAAAUUCAUUCAGGAAUUGAAGGUCACAUUCGCCUACGUGGUUCCUCCCGUUGUACUGCUCCUAGGGAAGAGCCCGGUUGUUUCCAAAUACGAUUUCAGCACGAUCCGCAUGAUGAAUUCUGGCGCUGCUCCUUUGACUCGCGAGCUUGUCGAGACUGUCCAUAAGCGCCUCGGCAUCCCCGUCAAGCAAGGUUACGGUCUAUCGGAAACUAGCCCUACAACCCACACUCAGUCGUGGGGUGACUGGAACAAGACCAUUGGCUCGGUGGGCACUCUUCUACCAAACCAGACUGCCAAAUACAUGUCAGCCGACGAGAAAGAGAUGCCAGUUGGUGAGGUUGGAGAGCUUUGGAUCAAGGGCCCAAAUGUGUUCAAAGGCUACUUAAACAAUCCAGAGGGCACUGCACAUGCACUGACAUCGGAUGGCUACUUCAAGACUGGCGAUGUCGGAUAUCAAGAUAAAGAAGGGAACUUCUACAUCACAGAUCGUGUCAAGGAACUCAUCAAGUACAAGGGCUUCCAAGUCCCGCCUGCAGAACUCGAGGGACUCUUGGUCUCUCAUCCGAAUGUGCUGGACUGCGCAGUGAUUGGCUUGUACGACAAGGAUCAAGCCACUGAGAUCCCAAGGGCGUAUGUUGUGCCCAAGGAUGGACUGGGUAAGACUGAGGCGGAAGCGAAGGAGAUUGCGGAUUGGUUGAGCGCGAAGGUCGCACAUCAUAAGAAGCUGAGAGGUGGAGUCAGAUUUGUGGAUGAGAUCCCGAAGAGCAUCUCUGGUAAGAUUUUGAGGAGGGUGCUUAAGGUGAAGGCACAGGAGGAGAUGGACGCUGGGGCCGAGGGCUUCUGCUACACACACGGCAACAAGAAGUACCCUCCAUCACGAAGCACUGAGCUGCAACGCAACAUGACGACUCUUGGGUCUAAGAGGCGCGCACCCGACACGUUCGGCCAAAAUCCAAAGCGCCCAAAGCCUGCGGAUCCUGAUGUCGAGGAAUUGGAAAUCGAGGAAACAUAUCACAUCUCUGUCACUCUCCACAGCAAGUUCAACGUCUUUCCGAUAAACCUCCGAUCACCCUUACAGAAAGCUUACGCAAAUUCAAUGCGCACUCAGAUGAAAAUCUUCCUCGAAAUGACCCUACCCAAAGGCAGUCAGAUGUACUCGGUCAUCUCCGAGCUGCGUACCCGCAAGUCCAGCCCCCUUGUCGAAAAGAAAAUGGUCGCGCAAAAAGACAACAUACCCUCGGAGGACUUGGCUAAUACCGCGUUGAUGGAGAUGUUUUGGGAUGCGAAGAAAGCCUAUCUCACCAAGGAUAAGAAGCCCGUAUUCGUGGAACUCAAGCCAGAGGGCAAGGUCGCCAACCCGGAAUUUACGAGGUUUCACUGUGUUCGACGGAAUGAGAUUGGGUGGGGGUUCGAUAGUCUGGGGUGCCUGAGCAUCCAUCUAGUCUUUAUGGAGAAUGCGACCAAGCUGUGCGAAUAUGAUAUCUAUGUGCAGAGGAUGGGGGUGGGGGUUAAGGAGGAGGGUUGA